AUGGACUUUGUUCUUCGGCUUAUUGCUACCCAAGUGACUGCAAUGCCGGCGGCGACGACGGCAAAAGUGCGUUCGACGACUUUUGACCAACUGCACUGGCCGAAGACCAGAGGCGAUGAGUCGGCGGCGGCCGAUUCGGUCGACCGACCGCGCUCGCCGGUCGGCCACAACGUCUGCGAUCCGCGAGCGACAAAGGUCGAUGCGACCAAACUACGCAACACGGCCUUUGAACGUUUUGAUGGUGUGUUCGGCAGUAUGGGGAGAGUACGGAGCAUAAGAGCGUUUGGAAAAUGUCACGAAGGAGGAAACAUGGGCUGA